UUUAAAUAAAUCUCCGAGAGACACUUAGGUUAGCUCCUAGGAAUCUAAUAAGCUUUCUCUCCUUAUAUUUAGAAAGCUGUUCUCUUGUGUCUCACUCACAAAUUAAAGCUACAAGCAGUUGAGCUAAAGACACACACACAUAUACACACACUCAUUCACAUGGACUCCCAACAUGGAAAUUAUCAAACAGUUUCUAUUACAAAGACUGUGCCUGUUUAUCCAAAACUUUUACACCCUCAAAAAGUUUUGAACCUCUCAAACUUGGACAGGCAGUGUCCAAUUCUAAUGUACUUGGUUUUCUUUUAUAACCCAUCUCAUGCUAACAAAAAUUUGUCACUUAAUUCUGUGUUUAGCAGCUUGAAAUCUGGGUUGGAGGAGACCUUGUCGGUUUGGUACCCGGCAGCGGGUAGACUUUGCCCGAACCGAAACGAUGGAAAGCUCGACCUCUGGUGCAACAAUAAUGGUGCAAUUCUAGUUGAGGCAGUGACCCAAGUUAAGAUCUCACAGCUUGGAGACCUCUCUCAGUACAAUGAAUUUUUGGAGAAAUUGGUGUACAAGCCUGUUUUUGAUGGAAACUUCUCUAAUAUGCCUCUGGUUGUUGCUCAGGUUACAAAGUUUGGUUGUGGAGGUUAUUCAAUAGGUUUCGGUGCAAGCCACUCGUUGUUUGAUGGACCAGCCACCUAUGAUUUCUUGUGCGCAUGGGCUUCUAAUUCUGCUAUAAUGAAAGCAAAGGGAGGUCUUGAGCAGCAACAAAAACCAGUGCAUGAGCGAGGAACACUGUUGGCUAAUUGUAGAGCCCCAAACAUGGCUGCAAGGUUAUCCAAAAACCCAGGUUCAGUGACAAGGGCUGCAGCCAUUGAUCAUCUAUAUCAGUUGAUAAUGCAAGCUACUACUCAUAAUCAAAAUCUCUCCGACAUGGGGAGCUCCAAUCAGAAGAGUUACCUUUUUAGGACCUUUCAUCUAAGUGGUGCAAUGAUAGAAAGCUUGAAGAGGAAAGUCUUGGGUCAGAGAGGAGGUAGCUUUACUUGCUCAUCCUUUGAUGUGGUUGCAGCUCACCUUUGGAAGGCAAGGACCAGGGCUUUAGGAGUGAGGAAAGAAACCAUGGUGUGCUUGCAAUUUGCUGUGGACACAAGGAACAAAAUGGUGCCGCCUCUACCAAAUGGUUUCAGUGGCAAUGCUUAUGUGCUUGCCUCUGUUGCGUUGACAGCAGGAGCAUUGGAGGAACAAAGCCAUGAAACCAUAGUUGAGAAAAUAAGGGAAGCUAAGAAUUCCAUAAGCAAUGACUACGUGAAUGCAUAUGUUGAUGCACUUGAAGGACCACAGGGUUCUCUCCCUCCUCUGAAGGAGCUGACCAUAGUUUCUGAUUGGACCCGAAUGCCAUUCCACAAGAUCUCACUCUUACAUGGAGAAGCAGCUUAUGCAUCUCCAUUGGUUUCUCCAAUCCCACAGGUUGCAUUCUUCAUACAGAAUCCUAAUGAUAACAGGGGCAUUGAUGUGAGGAUUGGUUUGCUUUCAAAGACCCUCGAUCCCUUCUCUCACUACUUCCUCAAUGGAGUGCAAUAAAAUAAACUGUGAUCUCUCCCAAUACUUUUUUAUUUUUUUUGGGUCUUGUUUUAGUUGGUGGAGAGGUUUAGGUGGUCUGCCAAAAGGGCUAAUAGAAAAGUGAUUAUAUAUAGUAUCACUGUUAUGAUUGUGACUUGUCUUGCUGAGUCGUUCAAGAACUAAUAUUCCUAUACAUAAUAUAGAUGAAAUGUCGUUUGGUAAAGAUACAAUAUGGAGCCAAAUAAAGUUGAAUGCACUUUUCUUUUUCAGAACAA